UCACAAGACAGAGCAGAAAACAAAACAAGGCACAGCAGUGAGAUGUUACUUCAUGCUGUGGUUAUCUGUUUACUUUUAGAAAAACACAAACAGCAGCGAAAGAGGGAACCCAGAUUGAGUUUUUGAAGCAGAGACCACUGGAAAGAAGAGAGAAACGUCUGUGUAUUUCAACACAAGGAUGGAAAGCAUACUGACUUUUUCUCUGCUAUGUCAGUUUGUAUUUUUUAUCGUGGGCACAUCCGGACAAGACAAUGUGUGUUUUAGACCUGAGCUGGCUGGUAACAUCGAGAUGGAUGGGCUCCAGAGGUACUUUAACCCCGGUGCAGAGUUAGUGCUGACCUGUAAAAAGGGAUACACCCCUGUGUCAGGACCUCGGAAGAUUGUCUGCUCUGCCAGUGGAGAAUGGACUAAAACCAAAUUACAGUGCAUACCAAAACACUGCCCGUAUCCUGAUAUUCUGCUUAAUGGAGAACUGUAUUAUGAAGAUACUGUGUACCAGAGUACCAUCAACUAUACGUGUAACGAAGGGUUCUUCUUGACUGGAGCCAGCACUGCUGAGUGCCUUGCCAAUGGAACAUGGAGCACACCAGUGCCAGAGUGCAUUCCUGUGACCUGUGGUCUUGCUCCAAUCCCAGAGUUUGGAAUGAUAACUUAUAGCAAGAAGAUAAGAGGGAACACCACUACUUAUGGUGUCCAGGGGACGUACAGUUGCCUGCCUCCGUACGUGCUUGUUGGCAACCCAAGAACAGAGUGCACAGCCGAUGGCAUCUGGACCAAUACACCUACAUGUCAAGUGGUGACCUGCCCUCCACCGGAGAACAUUGAGAGAGGCUACAUGUCAAGCAAUGACAAGAGAGACUAUGACUACAUGGAAACUAUCAAAUAUGGCUGCCAGGGAGACUUUUUAAUUGACGGAACCCACCAGAUUGUUUGUCAAUCGAAUGGGGAAUGGUCUGAAAAGCCAUCUUGCAAGGCUCCUUGCAGUGUUGGUGUAAAUAGAGCAAGGAUAUUGUACAAAGGACAAAAAAUCUGGAUCAAAGACUUCAGUCCAAACAAAAUCUUGCACAAAGAAAUUGUCUCACUGUACUGCAAGGACAAUUCCAGAAACUGUGGUUACCCAGUGCCAACCCAGUGCAUCGAUGGAAAAUUGAAAAUCCCUGAAUGCUUUGAAGAACCCAGUGCUGUUGAUUAUAACCUUUAUUCAAAUUCACUUCCAUCAGAAAUUGCACAGUGCUGAAACAGCAGCGGAUCUUCUCUGAUGUUUAUUAAACUAUUGCAAUAAGGAAAA